AUGAGGACAUUGGAGGCUCAGAGCCUGGGAGAGGCUGCAAACACGGUGUUCGAUUCGCCGGGUGGCGCCCGGAUCACUUUUUCUACGUCUGGUGACCGGCAAGGCCAAAACUAUUGGGAAAUUCCUGUCAAUGCCAUGUUGGGGAUCUACAUGGAACAAAACACGGUUUCGAAAAUGCACCUCACUGGAAUCUCCCUGGAAGGCGAUGUGUACGGCAAUGCGGACAUUGAGGUGUUUGCUAUGAACGUUCUUAGGACGUUGAGUACGCCCAGCCCGGUGCAGAUUCAUCCGGAGGAUAAGAGGUUUCAAUCUGGCUACGGAGACCCUUCCAUCUUGGGUCGGACGGAGAACCCUCGUGUUAAGGAACUGACGUAUGCUGCGUUCAGCGCACUGGCUCAGGAUGGCAGUCUUUUUGGUGCUCCUCUGCACAGCGACAAGUCGAGUCGCUCUAUGGCCUGUGAGACCAGGAUUGACGGAGGCAAGCCCAUCCACAGCAACGGGGGUAGGUCUGCGCUGUCGCUUCCUAUGCGCUCCGUUGACUCGUCUGCGGCAUCUCAUGUCCGGAAGAUGUCGGCCAGGUGGUACUGGCCUUUGAACCAGUCAGUCAGCUUGUCGGCCGUGAAGGAGAAGACCGGUGUUGUGUUGGACGACAACUCUGUCUUGUUUAUGGGUGUGCGCCCGAAUACGGAGACUAGCCUCCAUGGUGUAAAGAGCGAGGGCGGUGGCUGCCUCGGCAUCAGCAGCAUAGUCGUUCACCAAGGGAAAAGGAGGCCGUGGACGACAUAUGAAGACGCUCGAGAGUCGCUCAAGCCGUCCGUCGGUGGGCGAGCGCAUCUGCUACUCUUCAUCGCAAUGUCUGCUGGCGAUAUACGUUACAGCCUAAUUGACUCGGCAGAAUCGAUGUCCAAUCUACUCACGUCACAACAGAAUCUUCUGAUCGGUCUGCCGUCGCUCUUUUUAGACCUGGAAGGCGAGACUGAGCGGCAUCGACUCGAAGACGUGCAGCUGAUGGAGAACGCAGCUCGCCCGCGCGGGCAACGGCGAUAUCUGAAUGGAUUGGAUAAGUGUAUCGCAUCGUACGCACCUUUGUCACCCGAGGAGAAGGCUCGCUGGAAGGCCGCCAAAGAAGCCGGGCUCAAUCUGUUCCAUCCUAGCAGAGGAGGAUCAUACGAAGUCUUCAACUCGCGACCGAUGUCUACACCCAUCGGAAUCUACUGCAUCAACGACGUGCGAUAUCUUCCCCACUUGAGGGAGGCAUUGUGGCCGCAGCUUGAUGGAGUCUGGCGGCAGAAAGUGGGGGAGGAGACAAAGAAACGUAUCUUGGAAUCGCAGAGCCCAUUUUACAAGCCGCAGUCGGAGACUAAAAAGUUUGGGCCAUGGGGUAGAGCUUGA